AUUGUUCAGCGGGAAGACGAUCUCUCCAAGGUCACGUUGCCGUCGUCUUUUCACGUGGUGACUAUCUGUUUCCCUUUCUAGGCUUUGGAUAUUAAAAGAUGGUCAGGAAAUGCUUAAAAAACAAAAGUAAGCGCGUAACCUGUCACAAGCGAUACAAAAUUAUCAAGAAGGUAAAAGAGCAUCACCGCAAGUUACGUAAGGAAGCUAAAAAGAACUUAAACCGACAUCGAAAGGAUCCUGGUGUCCCUAACAUUCUACCCUUCAAAGAAAGUUUUCUGAAAGAUGUUGCCGAAGCAAAAAUGAAGCUAGAAGAAGCAAGACUUAAAAAUUUGGAGUAUUCUCAAACUUAUAAGUCUCUGAAACAUGAAGAUGUUUCUCACUCAACAGUUCAGCACGAUGUUAAAGACGUUAUAAACCAGUCUGACGUUAUAUUGGAAGUAUUGGAUGCACGUGAUCCAAUGGGUACGCGCUGUCCAGAGAUAGAAGAAACUGUCCUUAGGGAGAAUAAACGUUUGGUUUUGCUCAUCAAUAAGAUUGACCUUGUUCCGCGAUCCAAUCUCGAGGCUUGGGUAAAUUACCUACGCAAAACUCACACGGUCAUAACAUUCAAGGCAAAUACGCAACGCCAGAGUAACCAUCUUUCGUGUGUAAAACCAUAUCUUCUGAAAGAUGGAAAAAUGCCAAGUAAAGGGUUCGGAACUUCUGAAUUAUUGUCGUUGCUUGCAAACUACUCCCGUGAUCCAAGCUCCAGUCUGUCUAACACUAACACUCGUCUUAGUUUGACCGUUGGUGUCGUCGGCCUUCCGAAUACUGGCAAAAGCGCACUCAUAAAUACACUUAAAAGGCAAAAGGUGUGCGUCAGUGGUAAUGUUCCCGGUUUAACACGUCAGUCUCAGCGUGUACGGAUUGACAAGAACCUAUUUCUUCUCGAUACUCCGGGUACCUUGAUUUCAAAGUCAUCUGAUGCUUCAGAUCUUGUGUUAAAAAAUUGUAUAAAACCAGAAAUGCUCCCGGAUCCUGUUCCAGCUGUUGAAGCCAUAUUGCGUCGUUGUUCACAAGCGCAACUGGUUUCUAAGUAUAAGAUUGAAGAGUACAAUAAUGUUUCAGAGUUCCUAGUUAAGUUAGCACACCGUUUGGGUCGAAUGAAAAAGGGUGGUAUUCCAGACACCACCAUGGCAGCGCGUUCUGUAAUUAAUGAUUGGAUUAUUGGAAAAAUCACUUACUACACGGAGCCUCCGUAUACUGAUACUGUGGAAGAAAAUCUCGAUUUAUCUUUAAAAGAAACAUUCUUUCAUAAGCAUCGCUAAGCUUCACCACCAUCGUUUGUUUUUAAAGCAGCUUUUGUAUGGACCAAUUUUUUGAGUUUAGAAAUAUCAUUUUUCCAAAAGUGAUACAAUGCCCGUCUCUACCGCCAAUCGAUACGUUCGUGCGCUGUGGUAAUCAUUCGCGACUUGACUUAAAUACUGUGGAUUUAGCUACUUAUAUCCUCUUCUUUUCUCUGCCCUAUUUACUUAUGCCUAUUACCCCUUGCGGGAUCAUAGGUCACCGACUAAGGUUCUUCAACUCACCCUUCCAGUUGUUUUCAACUGUCAUUCAUUAUUUUGAUAUCUGCUUCCAAUUCCGGGAGCAAUGUGUUCCUUGGUCUUCUACUUUUCCUUUUGCUUUCAGGAUUCCAUGUUAGCGCCUGCCUCAUGAUGCAGUCUAAUGAUUUUCACAAUCUGUUUCCUAUCCACUUCCAACAUCUUUCCUUAAAUUCUACUUCAGCUGGAAGCUGGUUUCUUAUCUGACAUAUUAUGUUUUUGCUGAUGGUGUCGGGCCAACAGACACGAAUUGUCUUGCAUAGACAAUUGUUCAUAAAUACCUGUACCAUUUUAAUGAUGGUUGUAGUAGUCCUUUAUGUUUAAACUCCGUACAAUGAAACCGUCUUGAUCUUUGCAUUGAAAAUUCAGACUUUGAUAUCGGUUGACAGACAGUUGUUUUGAGUCGUAGAUGUUCUCCAGUUGCAGGAAUGCCGUCCUUGCUUUGCCGAUCCUUGACCUCACAUCUUCAUCAAAUCCUCCCUGUUCAUCGAUGGUGCUGUUCAGGGUACGUGAAAGUUUCUAUAUUUUCUCUAUCAAGUGUGAUUGGGUUGCUGUUCUCUGAGUUGUAUUUCAGGAUCUUGCUUUUCCCCUGUGUAUGUUAAAGCCUACUGCUUCAGAGACUUUUGCUACAUUGACUGUCUUCACUUACAUUUGCUACUGUGUACGAGAGCGGAAGGUUACGUUAUGUGUGAAGUUCAAAUCAUCUAGCUCUAUCUAAGCGCUCCAUUGUAUUUCGUGCUUCCCAUGAGACAUGGUAGUAUUGAUAAUCCAGUCAACCAUUAUAUGAAAGAAAGGGCGAGAGUAAACAGCCUUUUCUGACUCCGAUACUCACUUGGGAUGUAUCUGUGUUACGUCCUUGAUCUGUCUACCCACUUUUGGUUCUGAGGGUAACUUGUCUAAUCUAGAUUAAGAUUUUAACGCGAUAGGCUGACUGGCUUAACCUUGAGGCUAGUAUGCCUGAGUUCGAAGUAGGGUAGAAAAAAGAAAACUAUUCUAUCACCUGAUUGGCUGACAAGUGAUAGAAGACAAUUCAACUGGGACACUACUCGACUUAUAACCAAUUCCGAUCUGGUUCCCGAUUUUAGAUCAGUGUAAAAAGGUACAUGAAUAAAUAGAUGACUAACCGGAGCACAACGUACAAUAAUUACGAGAAUAUAAUUAUGUCCAAAACUGGAGAUUAGCGUGGAAAAUAGAAUACAAAAUAUUACUUUUAAAUUACAAUAGUUUUGGAACAGAAAGGGCUAUGGCAGUGAAUUACGCAUCAAACGAAAGCUUAUGAUCUGUAGAAUAGAGUAGAAACGAAAAUAAAUAUUACUGUUUUACAAGUUUCGAAUUAAAUGAUAUAACGUCCAAAAAAAUAGAUUCCACAGUUUGUCAAGGCUUCUUGUUUCUCUGUUCACAUCAAUCUGUUAGCUGCCCUGUAUGCACCACUUUGCAGUGUGAUCCGUCGUACGAAUCUCGUCUGUUGUUGACGAUCUCAGGUACACUGUAGUGUCAAAUAAGGCUUCAUAAGGUUCUCCUAUCCACACUGUCAAAUGCUUUCUCUUGAUCAGGGAAGUUAACAUAUGUUGGCGAGUUCCAUUCAACUGAUUGUUCAACAAUGAUAGAAUGGCUAACGCUUAAUACGAUGUCACCAAAGUAUACCAUUUUUAUAUUGAGCCAGCGUGUUUAAAUACCUCAUUUGUAGUUAUCCAGCUUUCUAUUGAGACAGAUACCAACACAGUCGUGAACAAAUAUGCGUUGGCCCAAGUUUCUAUACCAUAUUAGCACGACAAGAGAUAAAAAUAAUGUUGUAGCAAUUCUAAUAAGAAAAACAAAGUAAAAAAGUCUGUAUGAAAGAAUAUUCAAAUUCAAGAUCGAUUGGAAGAUAAGGACUGGAUGCACCCGCACUAUUGCGAACGAUUCUGAGCAAUGUUACCCAGUCUCCAUCCAUUAAUAACCGUUGUCGCACGGACCAACCAGUGAAUUUGAGUCAAGUCACCAAUUAAUGAACUGGUACCAUGUUCUAGUUUUACCGCCCCUGGCUUUUUUUCAACCUACGACUAUGCCAUCAAACAUCGCCCGUCAAGGUAAGUUGUGGUCAGCCAUUAUUGACAUAUGUCUUAACAGCCUUAGUUGAUGUUUCACCAACGGAUUUGCCCCCUCUUCCAAAUAUCACGCCUAACCUCAAAAUUGCCAUUCCGUGCGACGCAAAUAAUGUUUCUAUUAGAGACUACGUAUAAACCUAUAGCCAGCUACUAAGUCAUUGUUAACGACACUUCUCAUCUGCCUAAGAAAACUGCGCCGACUCCAGUGUGCCUUGCGAAAAGCAGCUAAUUUAUCAUGACUCUUAUAGACUUCCCAAUUGUAUUUACAAUGUUGUAAGACAUGAGUUUUGAGUUUUUAAAUGCGUUCUAAUUCGUAUUUUUCAGACAAUGCAAUGGAUAUCUCUGAAUUUCCGACAAACUAAUAGAUGUAAAUGUUUGGGAGUGUAAAUAUAACAUUUAAUGUAUUUUGCUUUGACUGUUAAAGAUUGAUUUUCAAUCAUUGUUACAUGGUUGAUAAUCGUUGCAAUCCUGUGCAGAUGUAUUCGUUUCCACGUGGUCAAUUUUUUAAUUAUAUGCUUAAAUUAUUUUCCUUA